AUGCUCAAAAGUGUUUUGAUCGUUUUAUGGACCAUAAUCCAAACGACAGCUCACAUCGCGUUCUCUCUGGGCAGCUUCUUCAUUUGCCGAUUCGACCACACUAAUUACCUAGUGGUCGUCUAUUACAUCACCUAUUUAUACGAUUACGAUAAAUGCGGCAGAGUUCGAGUGACCAAUUCGACCGGCCCCUUCGGUUUCUUAGCAGGAAGAAAUGACGUCUGCGACUGCGCAGCAAGCGAACCCAGCUUGUAUAAUAUAACCCAUACUAUCGCCGAGAAAGCCCAAUUUCCGAGAUACGCCUCUCGAUACUUCAGGACGCAAGUCUAUCUGCUGCUGUUCGUUAUUAUCGACGUUUUCUGGCUGCUCAGCUCUUUGUUAUUAUUGGUGGGAAUCUGUUGUCGAGUAAAGAGGAAUUUUGCUACAGUAUUCUACUUGCCCUGGUUGAUUACUGCAGGUCUUGCAGUGUUAUUGGACGUUACGGCAUCCGUGCAUUUCGGUCUAGAUUUUCUGGAUAUAUACAAUUAUACGUCCUGGUUGCGAUUUAUAGGCGUCGAAAAUUACAUGGAUUUCAAGGAAUUUAAUAAAGCGCCUAGCUCCGUGUAUAUACCAGCGGCUAGUACGGUCGUUUUGGUGACAGUUUGGUCCAGAUUUGUCGCUUUUUGGAUACUGAAUAUCGUGAAUUUCUUCACCAUAUCCAACGAGUUUACAAUCGCCUACAAAAAAAGAAAAAACAUAAAGCAAACGAAUGAAGAAAGCAUCCGUAACAGAAUAGGCGCUUGGAAUUCGUUUUACGAUUCGAUAUCGAUGAAGAGCCCGAGCGCUAGUUCGGCAGAUUUGCACGGAAUGUCCGCCGAUUCGGGCAUGGUUCUUGCAAGACCGAAUUUGAAUCGAACCGAUCGAGCCAGCACCGAUAUGGAAAUUUGUACGAGUUUGCCGAGCUCGACGGCGAUCAUAGAAGAUCCUCAUGUAAUGUAGCAUCUUACAUCAAACGCUCGAGGGCCGUUUUAAGCCGAUCAACUAAUCAAAACAGCUUGGAUAUGGAAUUGUGUUCGAGUUUGGAAAACUCGAGGGUGAUUAUAGAAAAUCCGCAUAUGGAGACUACUUCGUACAUCAAGUACGACGGUGUGGAUUUCAUUGAUUGA